UUGAGGUAUAACCUAUGAAAGAUCAAAGAGUUUUGUUACUCCUGAGAUUACUCAUACAUUAUUGAUAAAAAACUCGUUAUCGCUUUAAAAAUUAAUUGUUAAAAUUAAGCUGUCAAAUGUAAUCUAUAAUAAUGUCUAAUUACGACUCAAACAAUUUAGAGUAAUUAGAGUAAUUAGAGUAUUGUUAAAUUUUUAUUUUACAAUCAAAUUUUUGUUUUAAAGUAUUAAUUUUCCAAAUGUUUGAAAGUCAAUUGGCAAGCGAAUUACCUAAAAAAAUAGGUAUAAAUUGUAUUUCGCUGAUGGAAAUAGACGAUCUAAUGAAAUUUAUUAUUUUGGAUCCAUACAUGGGAUGUUCAACACGUAAAAUGCUCCCAUUGAAAAGUUUUAUCUUAGAAAAUAAGAUUAAUAAUGAAAUGAUUAUCUCCAAACAAAAGUUGUUACCUAAAGAAAAAUUACAUGAAGUUGAAGAUGCACUGAAAAAUUUUCUGAAUGAGCAAAAUUUAUAUUACACUUUUAAUAUUAAAUACAGAUCAUGGGUUAAUGUACCAAUGAGAUUUUAUCUUGAAACAAUUACUAUUGAAUCACCAGUGAGCAUUGAGCUGUGUAAUAGAUAUAAUGAAAAAAUUGGUUUAAAAAUUUCAGCUAAAGUAAAUAUAAGCAACAACGUAAAAAUAAGAUGUUUGUCAGGCAUUUAUAAACAAAUGAGUAUGCAACGGGAACAAAUACUAGCAGAGAGAAAUUUAAAUUUCUCAGUUAUAGAGAGUUCAAGAAUAAAAGCACCAGUAUUGAUGUUGGGUACUGCAGCUUUAGUAAACCACGAUUGUGAUCCAAAUUGUAUAUAUUUUACGACAUCUAAGAGUGUAAUUAUAAUUUUAACAAUAAAAAAUAUUAGAAGAGGGGAUGAGUUGUAUUGCUAUUAUGGCAAAAACUAUUUUGGCCCAAACAAUGAACAAUGUAAAUGCAAGACUUGUGAGAAAAAUAAGAAUGGUUUUUUUAAACAAGUUAUUGAUAAAGAAUCUAACGGCACUUCAACUUCUCAAAGCUUCAAUUUGUCCAAUGGUAGUAUGGGUGCAGUCCCUAAUCUUGAGGAUUGUUCAAUAGAAUCAGGGCACUCUAGUAAACUUGCAGCAUCAUAUAAAAGUUCAAGUUCAAAGUCAAAUGAAAAUUUGCCUCUAUUUGAUCAAAAUUCUGUUACAAUAAGAGAUGACAGUUCCUAUAAUACUGAUGCUUUGAAAGAAAUUUUAUCAUCACCGAACAAAACUAAAUUUAAUAAAAAGGAAUUUGUUUUUGAAGACUCUAUUACAAUUUCAAAAUUUUCAGAUGGUAUAGUAUAUGUUCCAUUGAUAUCUAUUUUACACUGUAGUAUAAAUUAA